AUGUGGCAGGCGAGCAACGUUUACGCCAUUUGCGGCUUCGCCGCCAUCGGCGGUGGCCUCUUCGGCUUCGAUAUCAGCUCUAUGAGUGGUGUCCUCGGAACCCAGGCUUACAAGCGCUACUUCAACGACCCAAAGGAAUAUGCUCAGGGUGGUAUCACCGCUUCCAUGCCCGCGGGCUCCCUGGUCGGAUCUCUCGUCUCGUCCUUCAUCGCCGACAAGUACUCUCGUAAGAUCGCCCUGCAGUUCUCCUGCUUGCUCUGGAUUUUGGGUGCCAUUCUCCAAUGCGCUUCCCAAAACGUCGCCAUGCUCUGCGUCGGCCGUGUCAUCGCCGGAAUGUGCGUUGGUAUCGCCUCCUCCAUCGUUCCCGUCUACCAGUCCGAGAUCGCACCAAAGGAGAUUCGUGGCCGUGUCGUUUCGCUCCAGCAGUGGGCUAUUACCUGGGGUAUUCUCAUCCAGUACUUCAUCCAAUACGGCGCCGCCCAGGGUUGGGGUGGUCCCAAUGACCCGAACCAGGCUACCGCCGCCUUCCGAAUCCCGUGGGGUGUGCAGAUUGUCCCUGCCGUCGUUCUGCUCAUCGGUCUCUUCUUCUGCCCUUACAGCCCUCGUUGGCUCGCUGCCCACGACCGCUGGGACGAGGCUCUCAAGGUUCUCGCCUCCCUGCAAGGCGGCGGUGAUGUCAACCACCCCAAGGUCCUCGCUCAGUACCAGGAAAUUGAGGAGGCUCUUCGAUUCGAGCGCGAGGAAAAGAUCAACAGUUUCAAGGCGCUCGUUGCUCCUCGCAUGUACAAGCGUGUGCUUUUGGGCAUGAGCAUUCAGAUGUGGUCUCAGCUGAGUGGCAUGAACAUUAUGAUGUACUACAUCGUCUACAUCAUGCAGGGUGCCAACAUGGGUGACCCUCUUACCACCGCCUCCAUUCAGUACGUCAUCAACGUGGUGUUGACCCUGCCCGCUAUCAUCUUCAUCGACAAGCUCGGUCGUCGCCCGCUCCUCGUCGGUGGUUCUUUCAUGAUGAUGACAUGGCUGUUCAUCUCUGGCGCUCUGCAACAAUACUACGGCUCCCCCAACACUGACGAGACUCGCACCCCGGAAAACGAGUCCGUCUCCUGGUUGGUCAUUGGAAACAAGCCCGCUUCUGCCGCCAUUGUCUCCUGCUCUUACCUUUUCGUUGCCACCUUUGCCACCACCUGGGGUCCCGUCUCCUGGACUUACCCCGCCGAGAUCUUCCCCAGCAAGAUCCGUGCUAAGGCUGUGUCUCUUGCCACCUCUACCAACUGGUUCUGGAACAUGGUUUUGGCUUUUGCCGUGCCUCCUUUGCUGUGGAACAUCAACUACAAGAUGUACUAUAUCUUCGCCACCUUCAACGCCUGUGCCUUCCUCCACACUGCCUUCUUCGCUCCCGAGACCAAGGGAUUCACUCUCGAGGAGAUGGACGACGUCUUCAACUCUGGCGUUCCCGCCUGGAAGACCCAUCACAAGAAGUCGCGUCUCGACGACCUCGAGAACGAGAUUGCCACCGGAAACCUCAAGGUCGCCCACCGCGGCGGCGUUCAGGCCGAGGAGGUUGUUCACGAGCCCGAGAAGAAGACCACCGUCUAA